GCCAUGGAGGAGUACACACGGGAGCCGUGUCCAUGGAGGAUUGUAGAUGACUGUGGAGGGGCGUUCACUAUGGGAAUGAUAGGAGGUGGCAUAUUUCAGGCUAUCAAGGGAUUCAGGAACUCUCCUCAGGGUUUAAAGCAUCGCUUUAAGGGUAGUCUUAUUUCAAUCCGAACACGAGCUCCACAGUUAGGAGGGAGCUUUGCAGUGUGGGGUGGGCUGUUUUCUAUGAUAGACUGCAGCAUGGUAAAGAUGCGUGGAAAGGAGGAUCCAUGGAAUUCCAUUACUAGUGGGGCUUUAACAGGAGCUAUCCUGGCUGCCAGAAAUGGCGCAGUUGCUAUGGUGGGAUCUGCUGCAAUGGGAGGAAUACUUUUGGCCCUGAUAGAAGGGGCUGGUAUUUGUAUAACUCGAUUUGCCUCUUCACAAUUCACAAAUGUUGCGCCAAUCCCAGAAGAUGGAUCCCAAAUGCCUCCAGGCUCUCCAUUUGGUGGUUAUCAACAGUACCAGUAAAGCAUUGCUUGUUCUUCACAAGGAUUUUAAACUCCAGUUCAUGACCUGCCUGGAAUUUCCUGGACUUCCUGUACAUUUCUGAACCUGGCUAUACAAACUUUACUGUGUACUCAUCUUGUGGAUAUGACUGUUGCUAUUUAUGCAUGGACAAUAAGCCAGUACACAUCGUAAAACAUAAUAGGCACCGGAUUUUGUUUGUACAACAAAUGAAAAUGUAUUAAAUCUGUACGUAAAGGAGCUGAAUUAUAUAUAUGGAAAUUCUCCAUUACUUGCCUUUAUCUUUUAUUUGAUUAUAUAUUCCUUACAUAUUCUUGUAGCCAAACUCAGUUGUUCUUAAGUGCUGCAUAAUAUAUUGAGACCAAGUUUAUCUUUCUUAUAAUCUAAGGCCCAAUGGAUGUCCAGACUGGUUUAAAUGUUUAAAAGCUGUUUUGAGAAUUUUAGUGGCAACGCGCCAAGGUUUUUAACAAAAUAGAAAAUAAUUACCCUAGCAAUGAGCACACGGCUAAGAAACCUAUCCUAGUUGGACAACUCUGGCAUAAUAUUAUAUUUAUAUAAUAUUACAUACAUGAGGGAAAAUGUUGCUGUUUAGCUGGUUAAUGUCAAUUAAAUUGAGGUUUUAUUUAUUUUAUUUUUCAAA